AUGGCACAACAAAUGGAAAUUGACUUUGAUGUACCCAAGUUCCUUCACGAUGAGCGUCAAAAAGCGCCUUCACAACUACAACACUACUUUACAACGUUUGAGGACUUAUACGAGAGAAAACUCUGGCACCAGUUGACACAAUCGAUCCUCGAGUUCUUUGAGCAACCAGAAUCAACGCCCCAUCAGAUCCCUAUCUUUCAGCAAUUCAUUGCCGAGUGGGAGAGCAAAAUCAACAAGUUGUCGCUUGUGCAGAUUGCGUUGCGAGCAGCGAGCAACUGUGCCCAAUUGGAGGAUUCAGUACAGUUCCUGAAUGAUAUCACAAAGAAAGUCGACACACCUGAAACCAAAGAUGUCUAUGUGCUUGCACUGAUGGAGACCGCCAAAUUCAAGCUUCAGCUGAAUCAAUUCGACGACGUUAAGAAGGCCAUUGACGAAUCCGAAAAGAUCUUGGAUCAAUUCGAUAGCGUUGAAACCAUCAUUUAUGCCAGCUUUUAUCGUGUCAGCGCUGAUUAUUACAAGGCCAAGGCAGAGUAUGCACAGUAUUACAAGAGCGCAUUGCUUUUCCUCGCAUGUAUCAACAUUGAUGAGAUCUCACCCGAGGAACGCGUCAGCCGUGCUUAUGAUUUGGCCAUUGCCGCAUUGCUUGGUGAUAUGAUUUACAACUUUGGUGAAUUGUUAAUGCAUCCUAUCUUGGAUUCCCUUUCCAACACUGAAAACGAUUGGCUACGAUCCCUGCUCUUUGCAUUCAACAGUGGCGACAUUGGCAAAUUCGAAGCACUUGCUCCACAUUUCAGCAAACAGCCUUUAUUACAACAAAACUCUGCAGCUCUCGGUCGCAAAAUUUGUCUCAUGUCAUUGAUUGAAGCAGUAUUCCGUCGAUCAAGCGAUAACCGGGUGAUCCCCUUUAGCGAAAUCGCUGCUGAGACUCGGUUGCCAAUUGAUGAGGUCGAGCAUUUGGUCAUGAAGGCUUUGUCACUCAAGCUUAUUCGUGGCUCCAUUGACCAAGUAGAUCAAUUGGUUAUUGUUACUUGGGUGCAACCCCGUGUUCUCGACAAGGAACAAAUCGAUGGAAUGCGACGACAAAUCGAGGAUUGGACUAACCAAGUCAAGAAGAUUGGAACAUUCGUUGGUGAUCAAGGAGGCGAAGUAUUUGCUCAAUAG